AUGAAUACUGUGUAUGUCCACUUCACUGAGCAGCAGGAGGCCUUGGACUCUGUGCCCAGCCUCAUCGGUCAUGGGAUCAACAGAGACAACAUGGAUGCUGCCCUCCAGGCCCUCUCUCUGGGCAUAGAAGAGUACAAGCCUCCACUCGGUUGCCUGGAGCGGUUCUUCAAUGAUGGCAAGGCUCCUGAUCCCGGCCAUCUCCCAAACCAUCUGAGUGUCCUUCCAGACUGGACCCUGCUGCCGUUGAUGAAGGGGACACUUCCCUCCUACAUGAUAUACAUUAAGCUGCUGAGGCCAGUGAUACAGGCUAUCCAAGUGGAAGAUCUCAGCUUCCCCAGUGGGAGCACCACCUCUCGGCCCAUACGGCAGGUAUUCUACGGGCUGCUGCUGGGUGAGAGCAGGGAAGUGGAGGAGUAUGACAGGGAAGGCAAGAACCUGACCAGCAGCAAGGUUGAAGCCGUCCUGCCCAGUGCUGCACGACAGCUGCAGCUAGACACACUGGAUAAGGCUCCACAUUCAGUGCGGCUUGAGGUGUUUUUGGAGACCCUUGAUGUGUCCCAGUCCACUUUGAAUGGUCUCCCACCUCAUCUGGGACUUCCUGUGGCUGUUACCUACUACUGGCUGAGGCACGCCCAUCCCCGACCAGACCAUCCUUUCCUGCAGGCCCUGCUACUAGGACUGGUGUACGGAGAGCUCUGCAGACAGAGGAAGAGCCAUAGAGAGGAGGGACCAGUGUUUGAGAGGUUGAGAGGGCUGAUUCAGAGAGGUGCUAGGAGUCCAGACCUGGGUGUGGCCCACGCCUUUAGCCAAUGGCAGUGCUGCGUGAGGGAUGGCCUUGACCUGAACCAACUGCUGUGCUUCCCUCUACCUGAGCCUCAGUGUGCCUGGCUGUACAAGGGAACUCUGGUGCACCAGCUUGUGGCCAAACUGAGAGGGGGGGUGACCCCGGAUUCUCUCCUGAUGGAAGACCCUUCCUCUGGGCAGCUGUACAGAGCCAUGCUGGAAGCCAUACUCAACUCCCAGGAAGCUGAGACCACUGGACAACCUGACGGCCCCUCUGCAGAUUCUGGCGCUGGAUGAUGAAGAUUUUGAUGAUGAUGAUGAUGGAGUAGGCUGUAAUGAAGUCCCAAUGUCCCGCCACAAGAGGAAGGAAAGAUUAAAUAAAGCACUGUUGACCACUAUAUAGGGACCACUAAACAACUGUUGAGUUAAAUACUGUUUUCUGUGACAUUUUAGUGACAGAGUGCAUAGGUAGGAAGGCCCCCCUUGCAUACACCCACACACACACUUAUGAAGAAGUUUCACUUUCACUCACACAUGGAGCAUAAAGAACAUUGAUAAGAGAAUUGACAUUGUUUAAAGAAAAUAAGAAAAAUGAGAAUAAAUUAUUUGUGACUAUGGUUUAUUGAAAUGAAAAUUAAAGGUUGAAUACAGUUGAAGUUGGAAGUUUACAUACACCUUAGCCAAAUACAUUUAAACUCAGUUUUUCACAA